CUCGUUCGACCUUGACAGUGACACAGCUUGUGAUGACAAACCGAAACACGUGUUUACACAAAUAGCGUUGGUGGUAUUAGCCUGUUGUUAUUUCACAUUGCUGAUAAAGCUCACAUGGCAACGAUCGGACAUUAUUUCAAAUCAAGUUAAUGUUGAAAUGAAAUCUAAAAAUAAACGGCAUUGUUAGCUGGGAAACCCCCUCACUUAGUACAGCCAGAUUUGAGGUCACAAAUGAUAAUAUUCAAACGACCUAUGGGAAACCUUCAAGUGUCCGAAGAGCUCGUUCUGUCAAGUGAAAGACAGUAAAUCUUAAGUUGGGAAUGCUGUUAUGACAUUUGGAUCGAAAUGUCAGCUAAAAUAUUUCCCAGAUUUUCGCGAGGAUGGCAUCAGUACUUCAACUCCCGUCAUUUACGAUUUGCAAACGGAAAUUGUCAAGUUAGAUCAUGGACUCUCAGAAAUCGUACAAUCUUAAGCAGUGGCAUUUCGACGUCCCAGCGUUAUACAAAUUGGGAGAAGCCUCAGGGAUAUGACACUGGAAUUAAAGUGUGGAACACUUUAACAAAGACUAAAGAGCCGUUAAUUCUGAGGAAUGACAGAAUGGGAACAUGGUAUAUGUGUGGCCCAACAGUGUACGACUCGGCUCAUAUUGGACAUGCCAGCACAUAUAUGAGAUUCGACAUCAUCCGAAGGAUCAUGGAAAACUUCUUUGACAUCAAUCUUAUGGUGGUCCUGGGAAUCACUGACAUCGAUGACAAAAUCAUCGACAGAUCCAACGAGACUGGCAUCCCCUUCUCACAGAUCACCUGGCAACACAAGAUUGAGUUCUUCGAGGAUAUGGAGGCCCUGAACAUCCUCCCUCCCAGCAGGUCAAUGCAGGUCACAGAGUAUGUCCCGGAGAUCAUCGACUUUGUGAAUGUAAUCAUUAAUAAGGGCUACGCCUAUACCACACCCAGUGGUAGUGUGUACUUCAAUGUCGAGAAGAUUGGCCGAUAUGGGAUACUGUGUGCACCUUCUGGGAGCUGUGACCAGGCAGACAAUCAGGAGAAGAAGAAUGCAGCAGACUUUGUGCUGUGGAAGGCAGCUAAACCCGAUGAGCCUCACUGGGAGGCUCCGUGGGGGAAGGGCGGCCCGGGCUGGCAUAUCGAGUGCUCCACAAUGGCGAGUGAGAUAUUCGGCAACAAGAUGGAUAUUCACUCAGGAGGGACAGACCUGAUCUUUCCUCAUCAUGAAAACGAACUUGCCCAGUCCCAUGCCUAUCAUGGCUGUACCCAGUGGGCCAACUAUUGGAUACACACAGGACAUCUGUUUUUGAAGGAUGACAAGGAGAAAAUGUCGAAGUCGCUGAAGAAUGUGAUAAGUAUAUCGGAACUCCUUGAGAAAUACACAGCCAACCAGUUCCGUGUUCUCUGCCUCCUCACACCCUACCGGAACAACGUUGAGUACACGGACGAGAAGAUGCAGAAGGCAGUGCAGCUGACCAAGCAGAUCCAGAGCUGUCUCCACCAGUGUGACGCAUAUGUCAGAGGUCAACUCCUGACUCAGCCAAUCAACGAGGCCAAACUACAUGAGAGUUUGUCUCGAGCUCGGAGUAACAUUGAGGCAGCUAUGGCGGACGACUUCAACACGGCCCUGAUGAUGGAGAGUGUCAUGGACCUGGUCAAACGUCUCAACAUUGCCCUCGGCGCGAAGGUGGAGACACUGAUGGGAGCUCGGAGUCCGGCGGUCGUCUCACACUGCAGCACGUACCUACAGAACGUCAUGGCCAAGUUGGGUGUCAACCUCCAUCUGGCAGAGCCUCCUGGACAGGACCUGACAACCAGAAGGUUCCAGCACAUCAUGGACAGUGUUGUUGACUUUAGGGCCAAAGUUCGCAACUUCUCUAUCGACCCUCCACAAGAAAUUCUUGUCAAAGAUGCUGACCCAAGUCUGACAGAGAAGAAGGCGAGACGCAAGGUACUGUCACCGUUGUUGCAAGCAUGUGACGUCGUGAGGGAUGAUCUCAAAGCUGCCAAAGUUCAAAUUCUGGAUCAUGGGAAAACCUCGUCCUGGACUCUGACUUCUGAUGAUGAUUCUGACGAUGACAAGUCGGACUGAGGAAAUGUGUACGUUGAUGUGGAGAUGUCAUGAAGUGGAUUUGGAUCUCAGAUUAUCCUGGUGUUGUGAAGAUUUGACCACUCCCCUGAACAUUAUUAAUCAAGCCCUGUUUAUGUUGAAGUUUUGACAUCUGAUUCUGGUGAGGAGAUUCCGGAGAACCUUGAAGAUUUCUUUCAGUUAUAGUUCAGGAAAAGCAGGGUGAUGUGGGAUGGGGUAGGGGUUCCAGGGGGUUGGACACUACCCCCAUUUGAAAAUAUCAUACUGAUAGAAACUGAUGAAAUAAAGAGGGAUGAACUGUCAUUUUGUCAAACAGACUCCCUCCACCCAUCCCCACCCCCCUUCGACGUACACUCACACUGAAAGUUAAAAUGUGAGUUUUGAACACCUACUUGUCCACCUACAAAUACAUCCACAAUGGAAGCAGAAGAUAAACACAAUCAGAUCUACCUCUGUCUAUUUCGAACAGUCUCAAUCUGAAAACAUGGUCAGUAUGCCCAGGAGUUACAUGAUUUAUGAAUGAACUAGCCUUAUGACAUCAGAUAAUAUCCUUACCAAAAUAUACUGAUUUAAAAAAAUGUGUCCUCUGUCAAAUUCUAUAGUUGUGGUAGUUUGUUCUUUGCCUAAAGUGGCUGAAGUAUCCUUAGGUUUGGACAAUAGUCAAUAUACAAACGCCUCAGUUCAAAGAGACUGGGACCCAGUAUACAUCUUUGGAUUCACAAUUCCUGCAUUACUUUGAGCUUUCAAAUAAUGAGCUGUCACAAUGGUCAAUACACUGUUCAAUUCUGUCACACCUUGUAUAAAUGGUAGAAGUAUAUCUGAUUGGUGCAAAUUUGACUGUGAUUAAGUUAAAAGAAUGGUAUAUUUGCUCAUUCAUAUUCCAUAGAGUCACCUGUUCAAUAUUCUGUGUCUGUUUUGUAUGAUCAUAAUGGUCCACAUCUCGUGAUUUGAGUUGUCUACAGCUUGUAAGCAAAAAUAAUCUGUAACGUAUGUUAUAUUUGGGAUUACGCUUUCUUAGUAAAUCCCAAAUAUAACAUUCGUUACAUUUGACCACUUUCUAAAAUGGCAUUGUGUAUUCAAAACUAAUCUGUUGUCCCAUCACCAUACACCCCUUGAUUAUCCAUCUCGUGAUUUGAGUUGUCUACAGCUUGUAAACCAAAAUAAUCUGUUGUCCCAUCACCAUACCCCCCUUGAUUAUCCAUCUCGUGAUGUGAGUUGUCUACAGCUUGUAAACCAAAAUAAUCUGUUGUCCCAUCACCUUACACCCCUUGAUUAUCCAUCUCGUGAUGUGAGUUGUCUACAGCUUGUAAACCAAAAUAAUCUGUUGUCCCAUCACCAU